AUGGCGUGGCGAAGCUCCGGCACCACCAAUGAAGGCCUGAUAGCGAAUCUGGCGCGCAACGGCCUUAUCGAAUCGGCGCGUGUCAAGGAAGCUAUGAUGAAGGUCGACCGCGCCCACUACGCCCCCACCCACGCCUACGAAGACUCCCCUCAACCCAUCGGCCACCGCGCCACAAUAUCCGCCCCGCACAUGCACGCCUCGGCCUGCGAAUCUCUCCUCUCGCACCUGCAACCCGGCGCUCGUGUCUUAGACAUCGGUUCCGGCAGCGGCUACCUGACUGCUGUCCUCGCGAAUCUCGUCGGCCCAUCCGGCACUGUUAUCGGCAUUGACCACAUCCAACCCCUCGUUGACAUGGCGGUGGGCAAUAUGGUCAAGUCAGAAGCCGGGCGGGCGAUGCUGAAUUCUGGACAAGUAAAGUUCGUAAAGGGUGACGGAAGGAAAGGCUGGGCCGAGGAGGCACCCUAUGACGCGAUCCAUGUCGGCGCUGCGGCGGCCGAGCAUCACAAGGAGUUGAGUGAGCAGCUGAAGGCUCCGGGACGAAUGUUUAUUCCGGUAGAAGAGGGACAUAUGCAGCAUGUAUAUGUGGUGAAUAAGAAAGAGGACGGAACCAUUGAGAAGAAGAAGCUGUACGGUGUGCAAUACGUGCCAUUGACUGAUGUACCGUCAGAGUGA